AUGUCGUCAUCGGAUGAGAAUAUAAAGAUGGAAGAUGUUGGAGAACAACAACAAAUAACUACAACAACAACCAGUACUGAUAGUACAACAACUAGCAUACCAACACCACCACAACGUAAUCCAAUAAAUAAUAGAACAGAAAAAUCUGUUGGAAUAGAGUGUUUCUUGGGUACAAGUGCACCUUGGACAGGUAUUUUAAAGCAACGUUACGAUGAUUUCAUAGUAAAUGAAAUAGAUAUCAAUGGAAAUGUUAUAACAUUGAAUUCAAUUACCGAUACUGAGCCUACAGAAGAAAAAGAACCAGAAAAACCAAAGGUACAAGAGGAAACUAAACCUGAAACAGAGGUUGUAGAGCAACCAACAAUCUCAGAGAAAGUAGUAAAGGAUUUGGAAGAUAUUGUAGGAAAUGAACAAGCAACGAAAUUCUUAGAGUUUGUCAACGUGACAUCAAAGAGCAAUCCGAAAUCAAAGUUCUUGUUCGAUUUGAUACAAGAUAAGGAAAAGAGAACAUCUCUACAUCUUUUAAUCAAACAUAGUUUCAGAAUGAUAUCAGAGACAGAGAAUUCAUGUGUUAAAGUACUUUCAUCAUCUCGUGGUAGUCGUGGAGAUAAUAGAGAUGCAUGGCCAGCAGGUAGACCCAAGUAUUUACAAUUUGUUUUGUUCAAAGAGAACAAAGAAUCGAUGGAUGCUUUCAAUAUCAUUUCUAAACAGCUAAAGGUCAAUCAGAGAAUCUUUUCGAUGGCCGGAACCAAAGACAAGAGAGGUGUGACCACUCAAUCGGUGACGGCAUUCAAGAUGAAUCACAAGAGAUUGUUGGGUGUCAACAGCAGACUCUACGGUAUGAAAGUCGGUGGUGACUUUAAGUAUGUCGAUAAGCAUCUGCAACUCGGUGACUUGAGUGGCAAUCGUUUCACAAUCGUAAUCCGUGAUAUCUCUGCCGACGACCAAUUGGUAGAGUCAUCGGUGGAGCAAUUCAAAAAGACAGGUUUCAUUAACUACUAUGGAUUGCAGCGUUUCGGAACGGGAUCGGUCAGUACCCAUCAAAUUGGAAAGUCAAUCAUUCGAGGUGAAUGGGAGGAGGUUAUCAAGUUGAUGUUGUACCCACGUGAAGGUGAGAAAGAGGAACUCAGAGUGGCAAGACAGAAAUACAAGGAUUCUGGUGAUGUCAAGGCACUGAUGAGAUCGCUUCCCAAAAUGACUAGCGAGAGAAUCAAGUUGUACGGACACGAAUUACCGGUUGUAGGUGAUCUCGUUGCUGUCGACAUCGACAAGAAAGCAAAAGAUGACAAUGAAGCAAACAAUAACAACAACGAAGGAGAAUCAAAUGUAUUGGAGGACGCUCAAGACGAAGAGGUUCCAGACGAUGACGAUAGUGAUUUCCAUAUUGUUCAUGUCACUGAGGAGGAUGUAAAAGCUGGUCGUUACAAUAUUUCACAAGUAGUAUUACCAAUGUUUGGAAACGAUGUACUCUAUCCACUUAACAAGAUUGGAGAGCUUUACAAACAGGUCAUUGCCGAAGACAACAUCACCGAAAAGAAUUUCACAAACAAGUCAAGAAUCUACAACCUCAAAGGUUCAUACAGAAAGAUCAUUUCCUUUGCCAAUGACAUACAAUACAAGACAUUUAGAUACGAUGACUAUACAAAGGCACUUACUAUUAACGAUUUAGAAAGAUUAAAUGGUAAAGAAGAACCACAAGAUCAACCAAAUGGAAAGUUUAGAGCACUGAGAAUAUCAUUCAAUUUACCGACUUCAUCAUAUGCAACCAUGGCAUAUAGAGAGCUGUUGAAACUUACUACUGAUAUUUUACCACAAGUAGCUUUAGGAGAGAAUUCUAAACAAGCGAUUAGUAACAAUAACAAUAAUGAUAGUUCAACUAUAAACGAAGAUAAUGCCGAGUCGAAUGAAAAUAAAAAGAGAAAAAUAGAUGAAGUAGUAUCAAAAGAGGAAAAAGAGGAAGAGGAUAAAAAUAAAAUAAAAAUAGAGAAAACUAUCUAA